AAAGCAUAUUAUAAAAACACGGAUAGUGUGGUUGGUGCCCAACACGCUUUCCGUCAUGAAUUUAAUCUAAUGCCUUGGGCUCCCGUGCCAUCAAGGAAAGGUAUCCUCCUGUGGGUCAAAAACUUUGAAGCCACUGCAAGCACGAUGACAAAAAUAGGUAGUAGUGAGAAAACAAUAGCAAGGCAACACAGUGCUUAAUUUGGUCUCAGCAAUCGAUCAGUGAGAUGGAUUUUGAAGAAUGACCUACAUUAUCUUCCAUAAAAAAUACAUGUAAUGCAAGCCCUAAAACCUAACGAUUGCAAUCAUUGCAUACACUUUUGCCAAGUGAUACUUGAUGUUAUACGAAGAAAUGGAGAAAGAGUGCAUAACUCCUGGAUGAGUGGUGAAGCCCACUUUCACCUUAGUGGCUAUGUCAACAAGCAGAACUUCCGGUAUUGGUAUGUAAAUAACCCAUGUGGUCUUCAUGACAAACCUCUCCAUUCUGAAAAAGUAACAGUUUGGUGUGCAGUAUCUUCUCAUGGAAUCAUGGGGCCCUACUUUUUUUAUGAAGAUGAAUAUGGUAACACAGUAGCAGUGAACUCUGAAUGUUAUGCUAACAUAUUGGCAACUUUUGGUCUGCCUGAAAUCGAUCAGUAUGAUCCAGAUGAAGAAACACUCUUCCAGCAAGAUGGUGCAACAAGCCAUACCUAUAAUGUCCCAAUGGAUUUGCUUAAACUCGCAUUUUCAGGACGCUAAUCAGUAAGAAUGGUGAUAUCCUUUGGCUUGCCUGUUCGCCAGAUUUGACCACCCCAGGCUUCUUUCUUUGGGGCUGUCUUAAAUGCAAAGUCUUCAAGGAAAAUCCACCAAGAACAAAAGAUGAUCUGUAGGAGUGAAUCCAGUAGGAUAUUAACAACAUUCUGUUGCAGAUGCUACAGAACGUCAUGGGCGGAUUUCAUCUUAGACUUCGACAAUGUGUACAGAACCGAGGGCGCCACCUUACUGACACCAUAUUCAAAAAAUGAUUGUUUUUAAGAUUUGUGUGAAUUGGUUCAAAUUUUUGUAAGAAGGUAGACAAAUACAUGUAAUUAAUUAUCAUCCUGUUGUUUUAUGAAAGCUUUAUUUGUUGCCAAGAUAUAGUGGUCAAAAGUUGCAUGUGAAGUGCGUGUAAAAUCCAGUUUUACGCAGACCAAACUUGCUGAGACAGUUUAAAGUGAUGCACAUGGGGGAGGGGAGAUUAUUAUGGUAACUGUAUGAAGAGUUUGCAAAAAUCUUGCAUGGUUCGGGUUUUAUGUACGAAAAAUCAUGUGUCUGCAUAUGAAAGUGUUUUGUGGAAGUGCGUCGCAUUUGGAUAUAAUUAAGGAAAAAACUGGCUAUUACAGUAGUUUAUCAUUUCAUUGUUUGUACGUUAAAGAUUUCAUCAAUGGCUAAAAUCAUUGAGGAAUCUUUUAGUUUGCACCAAACCAUAAUAAUGUCCAGCCAUGUACAAAAUGAUAGUGUUUGAUCGAGCAUUGAAAGUUUUAUCGAUGACCAUGCAGAAAAUUAAACUAACCUGUUGCUAUAAAAUAAUUGUUAGGAAAAGCUUGCUUUAUUUCUAACCACCAGAAAAGGUUUUACUGUGUUUUCUUCAAAAAUUACUUUGCUAUGAUGUAGAAAAUAUAUUUUUGGACAAAGCAAGUGUAAGUUUGUCAAUUUUCGUACAGGAAAGAAAAGUUGUUGGUUUUUUGUCAUGCAUAUAUUGUUUCGCAGUUCUGCUCAGUUCGGCCAAUCAUUCGUAACUCGGAUUAGUUGUUGCAGCAUUUCACAGCAAAAUUAUUCACAUGAGUUUUUCUAGUUGCUGUUUUUAAUUUUCAAUUUUUGUUAUUCCAUACUUU